UUCUUGGGCUCAAGUGAUCCACGUGCAUCGGCCUCCCAAAGUGCUGGGAUGACAGGUGUGAGCCACAGCACCCAGCCUGGUGGAGAGAUUUAAUUAAUAAGGGGAAUAACUCCUUUAUUUUUACCUUCAUGUGUCCUGGUUGAAACUUUCUGAUUGUUUUCUGUGUUAGGUCCCACAAAAAUAGUGUCCAAUUCAAAGAUAAAUUUGGGGCCUUAAGUACAAUAUUUCAACCACUAACACACACGUGUGUUAUGAGCCCUGAAUAGGAAUACGGUAUCUUUAGAAACGUUGGUUGAACUUGGGAUCUGCCUCACAAGAAGAUUGCAUGUGAAAUUCGCUGAAGAUCCCCUGUGAUGCACAAGGCAGAAGAAGCAGGUGUACACAAAGAAUCAGAAGAACCAAAGCCCCAGGUGCGUGGUCUUUGAGGCAUUUCGGCCGUGGAACCGCAGGCUCGGAGGACUGAGUGUGAGCGCUGCCCAGGAGAGGCUGACCUGCCGGGACCGGAGUGCCCAGGGACGUUGUGCCCCUACUUGCCCAACGUGCGGGAUCGGCAAAGCGCCUCGGCCUGCGCGGGGGACAAGGAACGACGCCCGCCUCUCUUUCUCCGAGAAGGAUCCCCAAACCUUGCUCUCUUCACCCCUCCCCGCUAAAAAAAAAAAAAAAAAAAAAAAAAAGCGGGGGGUAAAAAAAUCCCCUCCCCCUUCCCGGCCGCGGCAGCCUCUGCCUGGCAGGCGCGUGUUCCGGGGUCUUGCCGGGGGCCUGCGCGGCUCCGUGAUCCGCCCGCCGACGCCGGUUCGGGCCCCGACCCGGGCGCCGCGUAGUCUCGAACCCCCGUGACGUGGAUUUUUCACUCGUCAGGAGGCCGCCAUCCCUUCCUUCCUUCCCUGCGAGGAGCGACCAGAACCCGAGAAGUUCUCUGAGCAUACCGUGCCGUCAGCUGGCCAGUCACGCACUCGACUCCCCGCCACUCCCCUACUUGUUUUUCUGAGACUUGGGGAGCCUUCCUGAAAGGAUUUGUAAAAACUGGUUCUUGGAAGGGGUCUGCAGGAGAAGACCUCCCGAGGUGGAUGUUACUGAGCCGCCCGGGGAGCGCCAGCCGUGAGAGGUCCGGGCCCGGCCGCGCGGAGCCGCGGGAUAACUGCCCUCCGCAGCCGGAAGGGGGCCGCGGGGAGCGCUCCUGACCGGUGGCGGCGGGGGCGGGGGAGGCCGCGGGCCGAGGCGCCGCAGCUCCGGCGAUGCCGCCUCGCCCUCUCCGCAGCGGUUGAUGCGGCGCGUGCACGCCACCGCCCGCACCAGGACCUGGGCCGGGUCGCACGACUUGGCCCCCGGCCCGCGCUUCGGCCUAGGAUUUCAGAUGCAUGCCAGGUUUCCACUGAUUGCCAGAACUCGAGAUCACUACACAUGGAUCCCCAAAAUCAACAUGGCAGUGGCAGUUCGUUAGUUGUGAUCCAGCAACCUUCUUUGGAUAGCCGUCAGAGAUUAGACUAUGAGAGAGAGAUUCAGCCUGCUGCUAUUUUGUCAUUAGACCAGAUCAAGGCCAUAAGAGGCAGCAAUGAAUACACAGAAGGGCCUUCAGUGGUGAAAAGACCUGCUCCUCGGACAGCACCAAGACAAGAAAAGCAUGAGAGGACUCAUGAAAUCAUACCAAUUAAUGUGAAUAAUAACUACGAGCACAGACACACAAGCCACCUGGGACAUGCAGUACUCCCCAGUAAUGCCAGGGGCCCCAUUUUGAGCAGAUCAACCAGCACUGGCAGUGCAGCCAGCUCUGGGAGCAACAGCAGUGCCUCUUCUGAACAGGGACUGUUAGGAAGGUCACCACCAACCAGACCAGUCCCUGGUCAUAGGUCUGAAAGGGCAAUCCGGACCCAGCCCAAGCAGCUGAUUGUGGAUGACUUGAAGGGUUCCUUGAAAGAGGACCUGACACAGCACAAGUUCAUUUGUGAACAGUGUGGGAAGUGCAAGUGUGGAGAAUGCACGGCUCCCAGGACCCUGCCAUCCUGUUUGGCCUGUAACCGGCAGUGCCUUUGCUCUGCUGAGAGCAUGGUGGAAUAUGGAACCUGCAUGUGCUUAGUCAAGGGCAUCUUCUACCACUGCUCCAAUGACGAUGAAGGGGAUUCCUACUCAGAUAAUCCUUGCUCCUGUUCACAGUCACACUGCUGCUCUAGAUACCUGUGUAUGGGAGCCAUGUCUUUAUUUUUACCUUGCUUACUCUGUUAUCCUCCUGCUAAAGGAUGCCUGAAGCUGUGCAGGGGGUGUUAUGACUGGAUCCAUCGCCCAGGGUGCAGAUGUAAGAACUCCAACACUGUCUAUUGUAAGCUGGAGAGCUGCCCCUCCCGGGGUCAGGAUAAACCAUCAUGAUUUUUGGAGGUGGGUUGUACCUCCUGAGCUUCCAGCUUUCAAGCUGUGGCUAUUUUUUAUUUUUUAUUUUUUUCUUUUCUUUAGAAUUUUUCCCCAUUUCCUACCUUCUCUUCCCCUGUUCCCAAGGUCUGACUCAUGGAUUUUUCUCUUCCUUCAUGGAUGAUCUUCAGUAAGAGUGGACUGGGAAACUGCACCUGGCUCCCACUUACGACAAGAGCCUCUGCCAUCCACUUGAGAGGGUAUUGAGAGCCAGUGGGCUUUGUGUAGCCUUUUUGUUCUGCAAGCAACUUUCUAAAGUUGUAUACAUGAACAUACACCCACACCCAGACUACAGUGAUUUAGAGUUGUUUUGACUGGGUACUGUGGGAGCAGGGAAAUUGGUUUUUUAAAAAGCAACCGUUUAAUUGCUUAAAUAAGCUAUGUAUUCAAUCUGUCUCCAGUUAGGGCUAUCUUCCUAGCAUUGGCCCCUUAAGUAGCAUGGGGGAUAUAUUGUUUGCUAUAACGUAAAAAUUUUCCUUUAACCACUGCCCUCUGCUUCUUGUCCUUCAAAGUUCUUUCCCCUCAGUUUUGGUGUUGUCUUACUCUGGAGAUGCCAAGUGUAUUUUUUCUUUCUAUGUAAUUUUAGAUUCGCUUUACAAUGUAAAUCUUCACAUUGGAGAUAUAUUGAUUGGACCUUGCCCAUCUUCACUCUAGCCUUCGUAUUUGUGAAGGACUCAACCACCUUCCUUCUUCGCCCCAUGCUUCUCACCAAAUUUUUGUUGUCAUUGAGGGCACUUGGAUAACUCAAGUUGAUAUUUAUAGCUGAUCAAUCUAUAGGUGUCACAGAACUAUGCUGCCUAAAGUGAUCUUGGCUCCUUAAUGGUCCUUUUGGCCCCUUGGAUAGUUAACAGCUGAGUAAUUCUAAUCUCUUCUGUGUUUUCAUUGCCUUAACCACAAAUUGUGGUGCUUUUUGUAUAUUUUAUGUAUAAAUCACAAAGUUGAAUUCUGACUAUUUUUAAGACAAAAGUCUGUUAAACUUUUUUAUUGUAAAGAAUAUUUAUUAUGCGAAUCUCUAUUAUUUUAUGGUAUUUAUUGCAAAAGACUUGAAAUGUACUCAUGUCUGAAUAUAACAAAAUAUCAAUACUUAACGGAAAAUAAGGUGACACGAAGAAAGUACACAUGUUAACUAUAAUGCAGAAAAUAUAUUAAUUAAUGAAACUGUC